AUGGGAUUAGCUGCUCGACAGCAACUGCAGCAACAAGAGCACACAGGCUUCUCAGAGGUGGCCAGGAGGUCUCACAGUGCAGUUCGGAUUGUCCCGGAGGAUAAUGAUGACGAUGAUGAUGAUAAAAUGGUUAUUCGUCCUGCCGAUGACCUGGUGCAGCCUGUUACUCCCGAGCUGCCCCUUGGAGAGCAGCCAGCGGGGCAGGCGCCGGGUGGGGACAGGCCCAGAGCUGAUAAAGCAGACGAUGAAGAUGAUGAAGAUCCAACAGUGAAUAAAACAUGGGUCCUUGCACCAAAGAUUCAUGGUGGGGAUGUGACUCAUAUACUGGACUCCUUACUUCAAGGAUAUGACAAUAAACUUCGGCCAGAUAUUGGGGUGAGAACUACGGUAAUUGAAACAGAUGUCUAUGUUAACAGCAUUGGCCCGGUUGACCCAAUCAAUAUGGAAUACACCAUAGAUAUAAUUUUUGCCCAGACUUGGUAUGACAGUCGUCUAAAAUUUAACAGCUCAAUGAAAGUGCUUAUGCUUAAUAGCAAUAUGGUUGGAAAAAUUUGGAUUCCAGACACUUUCUUUCGGAACUCAAGAAAAUCUGAUGCUCACUGGAUUACAACUCCAAAUCGUUUGCUUCGUAUCUGGAGUGAUGGACGAGUAUUAUACACUUUAAGGCUGACAAUUAAUGCUGAAUGUUAUCUUCAGCUUCAUAACUUUCCCAUGGAUGAGCAUUCCUGUCCCCUGGAAUUUUCAAGCU